AUGGGUCGGCCAUCGGCGGCGCCCGUCUGUCGCGUGGACUUGGGGCAUUCCGGACUAGAAGAGGAUUCCUGUAACCGAAGCUGUGCCAAAGUCAAAGGAUCGCGAGAGACAGGCAUCGAUCGCCAAGCUGGCAGGCGUCUUGUCCUUUUCCCCGCUGGAGAAUUUGGGGAUCGUCGUUGGACUUUUCUCCACCUGCCGGCUGCCUUUCCAUCGGAUCCGGCCGAUGGGGGUUGUUGGACCUCGGGUCAACAGCCAGUCGGGAGUCCCUGGGCCGCCAAGCCCAACCCCAGAAGCCUCAUUGAAUUUGUUGCGGUUGUCCGAUAUCGCAAGAAAGGUGCUGAGGGUGAAGCAGCUAGGAGUAUCCCGAUCAUCAUCUUUGUCAAUCAUUCCAAUUCCGUGACAGCGAAGCUUAGGCAAUUGCAGCCCAUGUCUGGCUUGGCCAACGCAAUCUGCAUUGAGAUCUGCGAACGGCACGGAUACAAUAGCCUGUUCGAACAAGUUCCGACUAGCGUGCAUGCCGCCAAUCGCCAGGUCUUUCAGAUGCCUGUGUCUUCUGGCACAAGAGACCAGGAUGGGGGGGCCAUGAUUGGUGCUCUGAUAACGAUUUUGCCUAACGGGAUAAGGAAUCCUCCGUUGUGUGCAAAGGGCGAUACGAGAUCGUCAACGGACGGCAUGGGUUAUAAUACUUUGGGUCAAGUGACCAAAGUUGAGCCGCUGUCAAUUUGCGAGGGUUGUACUGGCAAGUGUGAUGCCAAGAGUGCGUUCCUGGAUCAAAGGAAGUGGGGUAAACGGGGAAAGAAGAUAGAGCGAAGAGUUGAUCAUGGGAUUGCACGCGGCGGAGAGGAUUGCGUCGCGGUCAUUGCUUUGCAGCAGUUCAUGUGCCCCGGAGGCUCGUUAUCAGUGACGGAGCAAUAA